UAACAAGUUCCUUUCAAACAUGCAAGAUUAGAAAGUAGAAAUGAAAAUGUCAUUUAUAGUUGUGGUGGUGAUCCUGUUUUCCCUUCCGAUCAUAGUUCGAUCCAACGAUGCAAUUCCAGCCGAUAAGGCCCAAUUGGGAAGCUGGUUCGACAAGCACUUGGCCGUGAAGAAGCCAGCGGCGGUGGGUGGAGGUGGUCCACCUAAGGUGAUCAGGGUCGGGGGAGGCGGCCAAUUCAGGACGGUGACUGAAGCCAUAAAUAGCAUUCCUGUUGGCAACGCGCACCGCGUCGUGGUGUCGAUUGCGCCUGGCAAUUACACAGAGAAAAUCACCAUCCCCAAGGAGAAGCCGUUCGUCACCUUGUAUGGAGACCCCAAAAACAUGCCGGUUUUGGUCUUUGCCGGCACGGCGGCCAAGUACGGAACGGUGGAGUGCGCGACGCUGACCGCCGAGUCCGACCAUUUUAUGGGCGUCAAUUUGAAAGUGGUGAAUUCUGCACCGAGGCCGGACGGGAAGAUGGUGGGAGCUCAGGCAGCAGCUGUGAGAGUAGGCGGAGAUGCAUCGGUUUUCUAUAACUGCAAAUUCUAUGGAUAUCAAGAUACCGUAUUUGAUUACAAGGGGAGACAUUUGUUCAAAGAUUGCUACAUAGAGGGCACUGUUGAUUUCAUUUUCGGAAGCGCCAGAUCUCUAUACCUGAAUUGCGAGAUACACGUGAUUCCCGGAGAUGGAAAUGCGAUAAUCACAGCACAUGCUCGGAAUGAUGCAAAAGAGGAAACCGGCUUCAGUUUCGUGCACUGCUCAAUCACCGGGACGGCCCCGAAUGCUGUGUUGGGCAGAUCAUGGUUCCCAUAUCCAAGGGUUGUCUUUGCCUUAUGUGAUAUUAGCAGUGUUAUCAUUCCUGAAGGAUGGUCUAACAAUUUCCAUCCUGAAACUAACAGCACCGUAUAUUUUGGUGAAUUUAACAACCGAGGCCCGGGUGCCAACAUGGAGAAGCGAGUCACGUUUGCUAAGAAGCUUACUCCAGCUGAAGCUAACCCAUUCAUCACCCUUGCUUAUAUAGAGGCCUCAACAUGGCUCUUGCCGGCUGCAGGAAUCUAAAUCUAUACUUAUAUUUCUGUUCAUGUAAUUCUACUGCUUCCCACAAAUAAUUAAUACUAAUAAAAACUAAUAGUUGCACUUUUUUUGUGGUGUGGAGUAGUAAUAGUUGCACUUUUUGU